AUGCAAGCAAUUGUUAUUCUAGUGGCCAAUCACAUUCUCAUGUCUCAACUUUGCAAAAAUGCUUAUAUAACUCCUGCGUUCUAUAGAAAUCAGAAGCCAGGCAUCCAGGAUUUACCAGUUAUCAUUCCUGCAAGUUGGAUUGCCGCCUGGAUGCUAUAUCACUUGAAAGCUGUACCGCUCAGUUCAACUCCUUAUGUGGAGUACAAAGGGCGCUCGAAAAAGGUCACAAUUGCACAGAGCAUUUAUCCAACCCCAACCCUCAUCAAACAUUCCUGCAAUCCUUCUGUCUCUCUAGGGAAUACUGCAAACGGAGGGGUGUUUGUCUACGCUGUGCGUUCACUACGAGCAGGUGAAGAAACCUCCAUCACACUCGGACCCCACUUUGCUGAAAUGAAGGCUAAUGAACGAAAGUCCUUUCUCAAAAAGCAUUAUCGAUUUGAUUGCUCGUGUGAAGCCUGUUGCAAUGAGUGGCUCUUGAGGGAGGGAGAAGAGUUGAUCAAAUGUCCUUCAUGUCAACACCUCAACAUUAGCCGUGCUAAUAAAUUGCGUGGAUAG